CUUUUAUUUUUAUUUUUUUUUUAUUCCAUUUUUUUAAUUGAUCAUUGUUUAUCCUUCCUCUUAGACUUUUUUUUUCUCCGUCGAUAAACAAUGCAAUUUGUUCAUAAUCAACAAUUCCCGGGCUAUCCUCCCCACGCACAGCCCAUGCCUGCUGACAUGCAGCAACAACAACAACAACAACAGCAGCAGCAGCCACCGCAAGCACCGGCCGGGACCUUGCAAGGUCAACUUCCGUUGGGUAUGCCACCCAUGAGUAUGCCUCCUUUUAUGAACGGUCAACCUACCCAUAUGCAACCCGGUAUGGAAUACGAAUUGGUCUCUAAACCUAAGCGAAAGCAAGUCAAAAAUGCCUGUGUCAACUGUCAAAAGGCGUGCAAGAAGUGUGACGAUGGUCGUCCCUGUCAACGCUGUAUCAAGUAUGGUUUGACUGACACCUGUCAAGAUUCGGUUCGCAAAGAACGCAAGAAGGGCGUCAAACGAGGUCCCUACAAACGUAGAAAUCAAGGUUCCGGCUCUUCGCAACCGUCGUCCGCUUCGUCAUCCCCGGCCAUUGCUACGCCCAUGCAUGGCAUGUAUGCUUCGCCGAAUAUGAACAUGCGUGGUAACAUGCCGUUAUCGUAUCCCGGUUUCAAUGGUGCCCACUACAGUCCCUUUGGUGCGGUCAGUUAUCCUGCGACCUCCCAUCCCAUGAUGGCUCCCAGCUACAUGAUGCCCAAUAUGCAACCCAAUAUGCAGCAACAGCAAAUGUUGUCGGCUAAUUCCGCCAUGUUGCAGUAUCAAGCGGCCAUGAGUGUUCCUCCUCCAGUCUAUAAUACCACGCCGCCUGCGGCUGAGGCCAAUAAGGAACAGGAGAAACCGGCUUCCGCCCCUGCCAACAACGGUACGGUGGCCACCGACAGUGUCAACAGCAAACCAGCUGCUGAAGAAGACGGAUCGAAAUUGAACAUCUUAUCUCAGCUUUGCAGUGAUGUGCUCGAUCGUUCCGACGCCCCGAAAGCAGACAAUGGCAGCCAAGCUCCGAUUUCGUCUCAACCUUCGUACGGAUUGCCUGUCACUUCCUCGGUUGGAUCAGGCUCACCUGGCUCUUUCAAGAUGACUACACAACAACCUUCCAUGUGGUCACUGCCGUCUCUAGGUGCCAACAAAGAGUCCCCCACUCACGGUCAGCAUCCGCCCUCCACGCAACCCCAACAGCAACAGCAACAAUCCGAACAAGUGUGGAAUAAUGCAGUGGGUCACUGGUAAACCCCCCUUUUUCCAAGUGCCUUUUUUAUUAUUAUUUCCAAUUCAAGCAAGCAUAGACGAUUCAUUCACACCAUUUGUUUAUACAAGUCAACAAUAGUCUUUUUUUUAUAUUUUUCUUCUCACGGUAUGAACAUCCAUCUAAUGGAUCCUUUCCUUUUUUUUUUAAUUUUACUCUAUUUUUUUUUUCGCUUUCUCGUAUAUUUUUUCACCUGUGUACAUACCCACGGCAACUCUCUUUCUUUCUUUUCUCGACCAUUUAUACGACUGGCAUUUCAAGUGCAUACACCAAAAAAAAAAGAAACAUCUUCAAUAAAAUCUUUCGCAUCAUUCA